AUGAAGCUGAACGAGAGGAGCCUCUCUUUCUACGCCACCUGUGCCUCUCCGGCUGACAACACCGGCUUCCUGCACAAGAAGGGCGAGCGCAACACGGCCUACCACCGGCGCUGGUUCGUGCUGAGGGGGAACAUGCUCUUCUACUUCGAGGACCGGGAGAGCCGGGAGCCGGUGGGCGUCAUCAUUCUGGAGGGCUGCACGGUAGAGCUGUGCGAGGCCACCGAGGAGUUUGCCUUCGCCAUCAAGUUCGACUGCCCCAAGUCCCGCACCUACGUGCUGGCGGCCGAGAGCCAGGCCGCCAUGGAGCUCUGGGUCAAGGCGCUCUCCAGGGCCAGCUUUGGCUACCUGCGCCUGGUGGUGAGGGAGCUGGAGAAGCAGCUGGAGGAGAUGCAGAAGGCCAUCCCGGGCGCCCAGCCGGGGCCGAGACGGCGGCUGCUUUAUCGGAAAAACAGAACGGCUCCCAAUUUGGAACUGGCUGUUCUGCCGCGGGAGAAACCGGCCCUGCCCGUUUGCAUCCCCGGGAAAGAGAACGGCUGCGCCUUGUGGAAUAACUCGGAAGCCUCGGCCAGCUUGUCUCCUGCCUGCUCCGGCGGGGCCAAGAGCUACGAUGGGGGGCUCAAGCCACCCCCGUUGCCCCCUCGGAGACGGUCCCUGCCGAGCGGCUCCUGCGGGACCAGCGGCCCGAACUCAGACAGCCCCUCGUCUCCAAGUGCGGUGUGUUUUUCCCGACUGCAUGACUGGUAUGGUCAGGAGAUUGCUGAGUUGCAGAAGGCUUGGCUGGAGGGUCAGAAGGAUAAGGACAGCAGCCUUUGA